UCAUGCAGCCCCAGGCCAUGACAUUCCCACCACCAUGCUUGACUGAUAUGGUUCCAGUAAUCCAUAACCCUAGUCUGCUUGUCUUCAUCAAACUGUUUGCGGGCUUUCUUGUGCAUCAUCUUUAGAAGAGGCUUCCUUCUGGGAUGACAGCCAAGCAGACCAAUUUGAUGCAGUGUGCAGCAUAUGGUCUGAGUGCUGACAGGCUGACCCCCCACCCCCACCCCUUCAACCUCUGCAGCAAUGCUGGCAGCACUCAUAUGUCUAUUUCUCAAAGAAAACCUCUGGAUAUUAUGCUGAGCACGUGCACUCAAUUUCUUUGGUCAACGAUGCCGAGGUCUGUUGUGAGUUGAACCUGUCCUGUUAAACCGCUGUAUGUUCUUGGCCACCAUGCUGCAGCUCAGUUUCAGGGUCUUGGCAAUCUUCCUAUAGCCUAGGCCAUCUUUAUGUAGAGCAACAAUUCUUUUUUUCAGAUCCUCAGGGAGUUUUUUGUCAUGAGGUACCAU